CUGAGCUCAAAGGUACAUGCAAAGCUACGGCUGGCAACGCGCAGCUCGAGUUGCCUAACGAGUGCUAACAAAUGGAAAGCUUCCCUCUUUAAACAUCACCAAAUUACAACCGAAUACCAACAAAUUACCAACAAAUUACCACCAAGUUAAAUCAGCAAAACCCGCCCAGCUUCACUUGGACCACAUUUCUUGUCUAAUCUCAUAAAACAAUUAUAUCUCCGGUUGUCGGUUGUCUAGCGCGCACAUAAAUCAACAUGACGUCGAUAGGAACGGGCUACGAUCUCGCCAACUCCAUCUUCUCCCCCGAUGGACGAAACUUUCAGGUGGAAUAUGCGGGAAAGGCGGUGGAGAACGGCGGCACGUCGGUCGGCAUCCGAUGCAAGGACGGCGUGGUCCUAGCGGUCGAGAAGGUCGUCACAUCCAAGUUACUGAAGCCCGGCGCAAACAAGAGAAUUGCGACGGUUGACAGACACAUCGGAGUUGCCUUCUCAGGUAUGAUCCCUGACGGCCAGCACUUCGUCAACCGAGCCCGAGACGAGGCCCGCGGCUGGCGCGAAACCUUCAAGACGCCCAUCUCCACAUCAGAUCUAGCGAGCCGCAUGGGUGGGUACCUACAAGCCUACACCCUCUACCAGUCCGUCCGUCCGUUCGGCAUCACCGCCAUCGUAGGCGGCUUCGACUCGGAGCUCGAGGCGCGUGUCGACGGAGAGGUGGGCUCGGGCCCCUCCGUCGGCGCCGGCGGCAAGGUGGAAGGCAAGAAGUACGGCGGCCCGGGCCUGUACAUGAUCGAGCCGAGCGGCAUGUACUGGGGCUACUACGGCGCGGCGACGGGCAAGGGCCGGCAGGCGGCGAAGGCGGAGCUCGAGAAGCUGAACCUCGCCGAGGGCACGCUGGACCUGAAGCAGGCGGUCAAGGAGGCCGCGCGCAUCAUCUACGUCGCGCAGCAGGACAACAAGGACAAGGAGUUCGAGCUCGAGAUGAGCUGGAUCAGCGGCGUCGACGGACCCACCAAGGGCCUCCACCAGGAAGUCCCCAAGGACCUCCUCGAGGAGGCCGAGCGCUUAGCGAAGAAGGCCCUCUCGGAAGAGGACGAGGACGAGGAGGAAGAAGAAGAGAAGAAGAAGGAGGAGGAGGAGAAGGAGGAGGAAGGGGGUGACGAUAAGAUGGAAGAAUAAAACAAAAUAAAAAUAUCUAACUUAGGCCCAUGUCCAUCUAUCUAUCUAUCUAUCCCUCGGUCAGGCAGAAGGAGGGAAGAGAUGGAGAAGGAGAAGGAGACGCGAACUUGUACUUGUACAACUUUGCGUACGUGGCGAAGCGCUCGGGAUAAGGGCGAGGGGCUCAUAGACUAAUUUCUUAUACCUAAGAGCCCACGAUAUCUGAUCGACAACUCGCAUGGACUUCAUUUGUGGUUUUCCCUGCCUGUUUAUGAUGAUGAUGAUACAUUUAUUUACGCCACAAGAGAUCUCAACUGCUUUCGUACGUUCAGGUGUGUAAUUUUCUUUACGUUAAGUUAAGCUGAGCCUCCGUAUCCUUUCUGGUGGAAAUGGGAGUUGGCAUGAUGAACUUCGUUUUCAAUGCUACCUACGGUACUUAACCUAACCUAGAGAAUGCCACACAGUCCAUGUGGUAUUUACGACUUGUCGAAUAAACAAGGCAAGGCCCUCGGUACACAUGUCCAUAACAUCUAUCUAAUCCUUCAAGAAUUAA